UGGAAAUUAAUUUUGGAAUAUUUUAAUAAUAAGGCGAUAUGUCUGUUUAUGCUAAAUUCAAAAUUGAUUCAGUAUUAGCGUUUGCAAAAUCGCGUUUUCAACGUUUUAGUACAGGAAAAUCGAAUGAUGGCAGAUCAAAAGAGGAAGGUACUAGGACAGUGCACGAUCCAAAUCAGAAGAUAAACUUUGAUCCUUACAAGUUAUUCAAAGAUAAAGUGAAUCAACAGUAUUUUGUUAAUGAUGUAGAUGCGCAUUACAUGGAAUGUCUCUUCUCAAAAUGGGUUCAAAGUCCGACUUCCGUACAUAAGUCGUGGCAACAGUACUUUACGGAUGUUCUGCAAAGUAAAAAUGUGGGAAAUAUAGAGAUUCUGCCGACUAGGCAAAAAUCAACUAAAAAACCUUCACAUAAUGAUGGCUCUAGCAAGAAAAAAUACCGUUCUCGCAGAACUGAAGAUGAGGAGGAGGAAUCAGAUGACUAUAGUGAAAAGAAAAGAAAGCAGCGUAAAACAAUUCGAAGAAAGCCGCAAGAUAACGAAAGGAGGGAAUUUGAUGAUUAUGGUGAAAUGAUGACGCCGUUUUCCAAGCCGCAGGGAGCAUCCCUGUUCCCAAACACAGUCAAUAGAAUGAAAACCGUUAGACAUAACAAGGCAUCAGAUGAUUAUACCGAAGUGAUGACACCGUUUGCCAAACUAAAGGGAAGAGCCAUGCAGCCAGAAGAAGUAAAUCGAAUGAAUAAAGUUAGGCAUAGCGGGGAAUCAGAUAAUUACAGUGAUAUGAUGACGCCGUAUUCCAAGCUAAAGGGAAGAGCCAUGCCGCCAAAACCUGAGAGUCGAAUGAACAAAAAUAGCCAUAGCAAGGAAUCGAAGGGUGAUGAAGAAAUAAUGAAGCCGUCUUUGGACCCAAGCAGACGAGUUAUGAAACCAAAACCAGCUAAGAAGAUAAGCCAGAAACCUAGAGAGAAGCAAGACAAGCAUCCAAAGACCACACAAGAGCCACGAUAUGAAAACCUAUUUGAUUCCAUGGCCACAGGCAAGCAGCCUCACAAUGAAAACUAUGUGGUUGGGCAUAUAAUCCUGAGUCCCUCUAUGGAGGAUAUCGCUGGGAACAGCCAUUCGAAACAGGAAAUGGAACAGAAACCACUUCACAGCGAUAACACAUCAAAGACCACUAUGAACAAGCAGCAGAUGACUAGCUCCAAGGCAGAGACGGCCAAAACGGUGACGCCGAACAAAAAAAGAAUAGAUUUCAGGAAAUCAUUGGAGCAGCUCAAACAGCAGAAGGCCGUACGACGUGUUAGGGCAGCUUUAAAACACAGACCCUUCCGAGCGAAACGUGAAUUCAUUAAAUCGCAGAUGGAGCGCAUUGCUAGAAUGAAGAAAAGUAACCAACCCAAAGGCGACAUGAAGCCCAAGUGCCGAAAGUAGAAAGAACAUGGAAGUACAUUCGAUGCUUUACCAGUUUACAAUAUCCAAAUUCAGAUAGAUAUAUAGUUAUGUAUAUACAUUUGGAAAGUUUGACAAACAUGGAAAUCAUUAAAAUGUACAUCCUGUAAAACAGAGUAGCAG